AUGCAGGUGGCGCUGAUGGACCGGACGGGCGGCUGCCUGUCGGCCCAGCGCUACGGGGGCGGCGUGACGGCGCUGGGCAGCUCGCUGGGGCCCCAGCAGACCUGGGAGCUGAAGGUCACCCGGAAGGAAGGGAAGCAGACCGUGGUGGAGCUGAGAGCGUGCCAAGGACAGUCUCUCUCAGUGGAUGCUGACGGCUCAGUCCGGUGCGCUCAGCCCGCGUCGGAAAAGCAGGGGCAGUUCCUCCUGGAGGUGCACCCGAGUGGAGCGUGGACGCUCCAGCAGGAGCAAAGCGGGAAGUACUUGGAGUCUGACGGAGAAGACGUCUUCUGCAUCAGCCAGGGCCUGACCUCCUACCACAUGUGGAUGCCCCUGCUGGCCAUGCACCCCCACGUGGUCUUAUUCAACCUGAGCUUAAAGCUCUACGCUCGAGCCGACCCAGAGCUGAAUCGAGUCUGGGUCGACACGCCGGUACCUUACCUGGAGGAGUGCGGCUUUAUCCUGAGGUUCAGGGACGGGGUGUAUCACUUGGAGACUUCCAACCACGCAUUUGUCUCCAGAUCAGAUAAGCUUGCCAAGACACCAUCUGCAGAGACAGCCUUUCACUUGACCCUGAAGCCGGGGUGCUUGGCGGUCCUUACAGACAGGGAGGGGCGUGUCCUAUAUCCACACGGGAGCCGUGGCCGCCUGUGCCUCGGGGGCAGCCCUGCGGAUAACAAAGAGUGGUUUGUGGUCGAGAGGUGCCCACAGUGGGUCAGUCUGAGGACCAGAACCAAGAGAUACGUGACCGUUGUGUGCGAGUCAGACGUGUACGCCGGGUCCAAAAAGGUGACCCCGAUGUCCGUCUUCCACUUUGAAGUUAACCCCAAUUCAAAAACUGUGCAGUUAAGAGGCAUCAACCACAGAUACCUGGCUCAGAGAGAAUGCCAGAGCGUGGUGGCCAACGGCUACGACAGGGAGCCAGAGACCAGCUUCCAUGUCCUGUGGCAUUAUGGGAAACUCUUCCUGAGAGCUUUCGAUGGCUGCUACCUGGGCACCCUUCCCCUGGGGCUGGUGGUUGCCAGAGUCCUGUACCCAGGGCCCAACGAGGAGUUCGGGCUGGGCCUGGCCAACCGCUCCUUCGUGCUGCUGCGGGGCCCCUACGGCUACGUGGGGAGCGCCCCCGGCCACAAGGUCUUGCAGUGCAACCUCCUGGAACCAGACUGCAUUGAGAUGCUGCCCUGCAAACACGGCAUCUACCACCUCCAGACCCGUGGCAAGAGCUUUUGGUCUUUGACUUCAGAGAAGACCUUUAAGACUUGGGGGAAGUCUGCCUUGAAUUUCUGCUUGGAGAUCCGAGGGAACAACCUUAUGGCUAUCCUGGCCCCCAAUGGGUACUAUGUGCGUGGGGACCGGGGAGGCACCCUCAUGGCCGACGGCGAGGAAGUGACCGGCGAGAGCCUCUGGGAGUUCUAGA